AUGCAAUGUGACCAAUUGAAUAGAGAGCAGGACGUGCUAGGCCCAACAGCUGGUUCCAAUGCCAAGUCUCCACAUGACAAAGUGGACCCUUCAAAGUCUCCGAAUGACAAAGUAGACCGUCCGAAGUCUCCAAAUGACAAAGAAGACGCCAAACAUGAACCAGAAGACAAGGGAAAGCCACCGGAAUCGGCAGCGCAACCCAAGAAAAUCAAAGCGCCGAAGCCUGGCGAAGGUGUCGUUGCAGUUCCAUACGACGAUUCAUCGUCGUCCGAGAGGAAGAAGAAGAAAAAGAAGGUUUUUGUUCGUGAAAAUAAGAGAGAGUUAAGCAGAGAUGACGACAAGGAAGGAGGGGGCAAGAAGACACUAUCAGCAGAAAAAGAAGACAAAGAUGACAAGAAGGCGGAGGCUAAGCAUGACAAGGCGAAACAGAAAAAGUCUGAGGAGAAGCACUCUGACGUAUUCGAUUAUGAACUAGCGAAAACGCAGGAUCUUAAUGAAGAGGCGAAUCCGAAAUCGCGCGAUAAAACUGAUCAAAAGAAAGCGAGCCAAGCGAAGUCGAAGCAAAAACCAACUCCGAAGAGGGAUAAAGAGCGCUAA